AUGGAUGAUAGAAAUGCCCUGGCAUACACAGAGGGUCAGAUUAAAGCUCCAGAAGCCCAGCCAAGUCCUAGUCUGAGGACCACCAACAAGAAGGCUGAUGUUGAGCCCACCACAUCAGAAACCAGUCAGGCUGUGUUUCCAGAUGCUCCAGGAAUGGAUGGCGAGAAGCAACCCUCAUCAACUCCAGAAGGCUCAGAGAAGGGACCUGGAUGGUCAGCAGUAUCCGAGGAGCAGCCUCUGGAGCUUAAGACCCAGGAGCUGAGGCCCCAGGAAGGGCUAGGGAAGAAGCAAUCAUCCUGGGUCCCCAACGAAGGACCUGAGGAGCUGCAAGCAAGCCAGGGUCAGAUCAAGCUGGGGAACAAGCUAGAGUUGCAGUCUCCUAGGGUCUCUGUGACAUCUGAUGAGCUACAGCAGUGGGGCUCAGAGGAAGAGCCUAAAAACCAGCAGGGGAGGCGGCCGGACCCAGGGACAAUGGAGGACCAGCCUUCUGGAAGCUACCAGGGCCUGGAGAGUCAAUUAGCCCUAGGUCACCAGGAGGCAAAUGGGUCAGACAUGAAACAUUCCACAGAGCCUUGUUGUACCUUGGACAGCUGUGGACAACCCCUGGGAGACAAGUCCCCCAAGGAGGUGGGCACUGCACACAUCAGGCCACAGGACACUCUGCCGCAGCCAGUCCCAAGGGAGCAUGAUGAGGGCAGUUCCCAGGAAACAAUGCCCCUCGUGCCUGUGGUGACCCUGGAGGAAGAGAUGGACAACCCCUUCCAGCCAUUGAAGCCAGAACCUGAAACACCUAAAGGAGGGUGA